ACCAACUUCAAAGAAAACUGUUCGCCAGACCCUUCUUCUCCGCUUUCAUGCAAGACAGUUUGGGCUUCAUGCGAGAUGGAUGAGUGACUUUCAGGCGCUGCUUCCUUAUCACAGAUACACAUGUGCGCCUGCUCGGAUCAUAUCCCGCACUUCUUCAAUACUGUCAGCUGGCCCACCUGUUUCGCCUAGGCACGGACACUCCCCUUGAUUCGGUAUCCUGGGUCUCGGGGGUUCAAACCAAGGGCCACGUUUCAAGCCCAAAUCAUUUAACGAAGAAAGGGCGAGAGAAACCUUUGCAGUCUCUUUACUGACCGAGCGAGAGACACUCUCUGGCCUAGGAAAGGCUUGUGGCUUUCGAAAUUGAGGUGGAAUGCUGGACGAUAGAUCAUUUCACGCUCUCCAGUAAUGCGCCUGCUAGUGCAGUUCGCCUUGCUCGCUCUGGCUUGCACGGCGGAAGCCUCGAGUCACAUACGACGCAGUUAUGAGACUCAUGAUUACUAUGCCUUGCAUCUCGAUACGUCCGCCUCACCCUCUGAAGUCGCCGCAUUGCUCGGGUUAGAUCACGAAGGCCCAUUGGGAGAGCUGAAGGACCACCAUAUCUUCUCGUCGCUGAAGCACGAAGGUGAUCGCGUCGACGAAGCAAAACAGGAACUUCGGCGGCGUCGGCGAAAACGAGAGGAGAGUGUCGGGCUAGAGCUUCUUGAUAGUGUUUCCUUUUCACAGAAACAAGAAGCUCGGAAGCGUUUGCAUAAGAGGGCCAUCCCCCCUAUAUUGGAAAGAAAUGCUGCACCACCAGUGGACCUCAAUCAGGGCCCACCAAAGGAUUCUUCGCUCGCCGAAUUAGACAAUCUUGCCACAGCUUUGGAUAUCAAAGAUCCAAUUUUCAAGGACCAGUGGCAUCUGUUCAAUCCCGCGCAAAAAGGCCACGAUGUAAACGUGACGGGGGUCUGGAAGCAGGGGAUUACAGGCCACAAUGCCACUGUAGCCAUCAUUGAUGAUGGCCUCGAUAUGUAUAGUGACGACUUGAAAGACAAUUAUUUCGCGGCUGGCUCCUACGAUUUUAAUGAUCAGACCGCAGAGCCGAAACCGCGUUUAUCCGACGAUCGGCAUGGCACGCGCUGCGCCGGAGAAAUUGCGGCCGUCAAGAACAAUGUCUGCGGAGUUGGAGUGGCCUGGGACUCAAAGGUUGCUGGCAUUCGCAUCCUCUCCAAGCAAAUCAGCGAUGCGGAUGAGGCGGCAGCAAUGAACUACGCCUACCAAGAAAAUCAAAUCUAUUCGUGUUCAUGGGGUCCUGCAGAUGACGGGCGGUCGAUGGACGCGCCGGGAAUACUGAUCAAGCGUGCAAUGGUAAAUGCAGUUCAAAACGGUCGUCAUGGAUUAGGUUCAAUCUAUGUCUUUGCAUCUGGCAACGGCGCCGCCAAUCAAGACAAUUGUAACUUUGAUGGCUACACAAACAGCAUAUACAGUAUUACAGUGGGCGCCAUUGAUCGAAAGGGACUACACCCGUAUUAUUCGGAAAAGUGCUCGGCACAGCUCGUUGUCACAUACAGUAGUGGCAGCGGCGACGCAAUUCACACGACAGAUGUUGGCCAAAAUCAGUGCUACGCUCAACACGGAGGUACUUCAGCUGCAGCACCACUUGCAGCUGGCAUUUUUGCGCUGGUGCUUUCUGUGCGGCCAGACCUUACUUGGCGAGACAUGCAAUAUCUUGCAUUGGACACGGCUGUCCCUGUCAACGAAGAAGACGGUUCGUGGCAGGAUACUCCGAAUGGGAAGAAAUUCAGUCACACCUUUGGUUAUGGAAAAAUCGAUGCCUAUGCAAUUGUAGAAGCUGCAAAGACAUUCGAAUCUGUCAAGCCACAAGCGUGGCUCAACUCGCCGUGGAUGCACGUUAAGCAUCCCAUUCCUCAGGGCGACCAGGGUCUGGCGAGCACUUUCGAAAUUACCAAGGAGAUGCUUGGAGAAGCCAAUCUUGAGACGCUCGAGCACGUCACUGUGACAAUGAACGUGGAGCACCGGCGUCGCGGGGAUUUGAGUGUCGAACUGCGCAGUCCUAGCGGUGUCGUAAGCCACCUGAGUGCUACGCGCAAAGGCGAUACAGCCGAAGUAGGAUACGUCGAUUGGACUUUUAUGUCUGUCGCUCAUUGGGGCGAAUCUGGAAUCGGCACAUGGACUGUUGUCGUCAAAGACACUGUAGAAAACGAAUUCAGCGGCAACUUCACCGACUGGAAACUCACCCUCUGGGGUCAAUCCAUUGAUCCCGCAAAGCAAGACUUGCUUCCAUUUCCCACAUCUCACGACGACGAUGACCACGACGUCAUCUCUUCCGUCCCUGUUUCAACCGCAAGCGUGCCCGUAACGACGCAAAGUGCACUCCCGACGGGCAAUCCAACAGAUCAUAUCAAUCGCCCUAUCAACUCCAAGAUUGGAGCAGAAUCGUCUUCUACGCCUUCUUCUUCGCUAGCAUCAACUACACCAUCUGCAUCUCCCACAGCUUCUGUCCCAGCUACCUCAACAGCUACUCCUGUCCCCGCUGAAGGCGACAAGCAAGACGAGGUGGAAGACGACAAAGACAAGGACAAGGGCGAAAGCAAUCACUUCCUUCCAUCCCUUUCCUUUCUUCCCACAUUUGGCGUCUCAAAACGCACUCAAAUCUGGAUCUACGCCUCUCUUGUUCUGAUCAUCAUCUUCUGUACCGCAUUGGCCACCUACUUCUUCCUGGUCCGGCGUAAGCGACGCAUGACCAUGGCUGGGGAUAGUUCUCGCCGCGACGACUACGAGUUCGCCAUGCUCGACAACCGCGACGACUUGGACGAUGAUGAUCAUGGCGGUAUUUAUCGCGACAACGACUAUCACGGCAAUGGGCGCGCGAAUGGCGCAAAUGGCGCCGCCAAAGAUAAAGGAAAGAAGCGAGGCGGAGAACUCUAUGAUGCCUUUGCCGGCGAGAGCGACGAAGACGGCGUCAUGUUCAGCGACGAAGAAGAAGACGAAGAUGCACACAGUCGAGGAUAUCGCGAUCAUGAUGAUGACGACCAUACUCACAUUCAAGAAACGCGCAGCGAUGAGCAUGAUGGGGAUAACGACGACGACGACGACGACGACGACGACGAAAAACAGCGUCUCACUCAUUGAGUUUCCUCUUCGUCAUUUUUUUGCGAUAGAUGUUCUUCUUUUCGUCCCCAGCUUUUCCCUCACCAAGCAUUUUACGCAACUUCGCGAUUUGCAUUUUGUCCUCUACUUGGCAUUGAGUACAUGGUACACCAUUUUCUGAAGCAAUCCGAACAAAGUCUUGGAUAUGGAUACAACAUCACCUCCCCUCGGCACUUCUUCUCCCUUCUCUCGACUUCCUCUCUUCCAGUCUUGACUCCAAUGCAUCUCACCUGCCCGCUUCAGAUCCCGUCACCCAUACCGUCGUACGCAUCAUUGGCAGAACCAGUGAUUUUGGAACUUGUAUAUAUGAAUAAACUUGCUCUCUUGUUCUUUUCCUUCCCUUUAAUCAUGAGUUACUCUUUCAUAUAUAACCCAUAUGUUUGAGCCCUCAUCUCUUCAACACGCUUUUGUCAUGCUAUCCUGCUUUUAUCGUGAACUUCCCACCUGACC